AUAUAUGCAUCUCUUCAGAAAGGCUUACAAGCAAAAUAUCCCUGAUAAGUGAAAGUUCAAGAUCAGAAAACAGCAUAACAAUAUAUAUUCAGUUGCUACUGAACACCUCAAUAUCUAAACAAAGCCACAGAUUUCUUAUGUCUAGUCAGGCUUUUUUCUCUGUCCUUAAUGUCCAACCUGACAUUAAAACCCAAAAUGCUACAGCCCUCAUGAUCCUCAGUCUCAGGCAUUAUGAGCAACUUUGGUACUGAUAUGGCAGAGCUAGGCUGCUGGGAGGACAGGACUUCAUGUGCUGUGAUUUGCUGAAAUAAUUUGGUUAGGAUAACUUUGAUAACACUCUUCUCACAGGGAAAAGUUACACUCGAUUUUAACUCUACAUUACUAUUCUGUGCACGAGAACAUCACGAUGAGAACUACUACUCAAACGGACUUCUGUGCGGUGUUGCUAACAGCCCUCACCCUCUUCCACGUGACUGACGGGGUUGUACCUUUUAGACUCACUCGUAGUAACUCGCAUUCCCGCAGGCGACCAGGCCGCCCCCACAGCGCAGAGGCGGCAGGCUUCUUAGCGCAGCGCGCUCGGCCCAAAGCAAACGUAGUCGGCCGUGGGCCUGCGCUGACUGAAGCGGUAGCUCACCGUCGCGGGGUUUUGGUUGGUUGCUGUGGAUUUGUUUUUGUUGGCGAUGGGUUUUGCUUGUUUUCUGCCUCGCCCCGCAUUCAGGUUACCGCGCUCAGGUCAAGGUGAGGAGCGCCUCCCGCCCUCAGAGGCGGCGCUGUGCGCGCGCGGGACGCCCUGCUCGCAGAACGAACUAUUUCUAAAAUGGCGCCCGGCGCGCGCGGGCCACGCUCAAUCUCGCGAGAGUUCAGGGUUGUUGGGGGCUGCUGUUGCCGUGCCGCGAGGCACCACGCCAUGGAGGAGCGCGCCAACCUCAUGAACAUGAUGAAGCUGAGCAUCAAAACCCUGAUCCAGUCGGCCCUGAGCCUGGGCCGCACUCUGGACUCCGACUUCCCUCCUCUGCAGCAGUUCUUCGUGGUGCUGGAGCACUGCCUGAAGCACGGCCUGAAAGCGAAGAAGACCUUUAUUGGACAGAACAAAUCGUUCUUUGGUCCUUUGGAGCUGGUGGAAAAGCUUUGUCCUGAAGCAUCAGAUAUAGCGACUAGUGUCAAAAAUCUGCCAGAGCUGAAGACUGCUGUAGGAAGAGGAAGGGCUUGGCUUUAUCUGGCACUCAUGCAAAAGAAACUGGCGGAUUAUCUUAAAGUGCUUUUGGACCAUAAACAUCUAUUGAGUGAAUUUUAUGAACCUGAUGCACUGAUGAUGGAGGAGGAGGGAGCAGUCAUUGUGGGUCUCUUAGUUGGACUGAAUGUCAUCGAUGCCAACCUUUGCUUGAAAGGAGAAGACUUGGAUUCUCAGGUUGGAGUGAUUGAUUUUUCUCUGUACCUUAAGGAAACACAAGACAGUGAUGGCAAACAAGAUGGAGGCAUUACUGCUGUCCUUGACCAGAAGCAUUAUGUGGAAGAGCUGAACCGGCACCUAAGUUGCACAGUCACAGAUCUUCAGAACAAAAUAGACUGCUUAGAAAAGACCAACUCAAAGCUGCAGGAAGAGGUUUGUGUCUGGCUAUUAAGUGUUUCUUAGCUUUCUUCUGUCAGAGACAAAACACCCAAAGAAUUCACCACACACUUGGACUGAGUUGAUAAUAGUGAAGUAUGAAGGAUUUCCUUAAUCAAGGUCUUUUUCGUGCAGCGAUGUCUCCACCCCAAAUUAAUCAUAUCACUAAAGAACACGAUUUGUCUCGCUCUGCUCACACACCUUUAUACAUAUCUCUCGUGUGAGUUAGAAUGGAAAUCGGGUAAAAAUAAAAGAAUAAAGAUCACUUUGGGAAUCUUUCCUAGUUGGGAACCACAAUAAAAGCCAUCAGUACAUGUGACGAAGGCUGAGGGGAUUUUUUUGCUUGGUUGGUAUUUGUUUUGUUUGUUUUCAGGUAAUGGUUGUUUUAUUGUUCAUAUUACAUGCACUACAUGCCUACAGUCUGAACUGAUAUAAUUCAGCAUCCAGUGCCUUUUGGGGAAUCUCCACUUGAAACUGCCAUAACGUUCCAGCAGCUCCAUGGCUGCCUUGUGCCUUGUUUUGGGUACCAGGAAGAACACUGCACAUAAAGACCUGGGGUUGUGUUUGGCUUUUUGUGCUGUGACUCAAAAAUAAGUGAUGAGGGCAUGGAGCACACUAAUAAAUGUUG